AGCGCCGCGGCACGAGUUGCCGAGCAGCCGAGCGGGCGGUCACUUCCGCGUCGGGCCCCGCGGCGUCCAGCGGCCGCACCGACGGCCGGGCGGGCCGCAGAGGGAAACCGGACCGAAGUCAUUUUGCAAUUACAAAAAUUUUCAAGGCAAAAAAGUAACAUGUCCAUGGAAACAAUGGAAGGUCAGAAGGCAGAAGAGGACGUAUUAGAAGUCCUUCGACUGAAUGUGGGUGGCUGCAUUUACACAGCGAGACGUGAGUCCUUGUGCCGCUUCAAGGACUCAAUGUUAGCAUCCAUGUUUAGUGGUCGUUUUCCUCUAAAAACAGAUGAAUCAGGGGCUUGUGUUAUUGACCGUGAUGGACAGCUGUUUAAGUACCUUUUGGAUUAUCUUCAUGGAGAAGUUCACAUUCCCGCAGAUGAGCAGACUCGAGUUGCAUUACAGGAAGAGGCUGAUUACUUUGGCAUCCCUUAUCCAUAUUGCCUCUCUGAUCACUUGGCCAAUGAAAUGGAGACAUAUUCUUUAAGGUCAAAUAUAGAACUUAAAAAGGCUUUAACAGACUUCUGUGAUUCAUAUGGUUUAGUUUGCAAUAAACCAACAGUUUGGGUCCUCCACUAUCUUAACACAUCCGGUGCAAGCUGUGAGAGUAGGAUUAUUGGUGUCUAUGCCACCAAAACGGAUGGAACAGAUGCUAUUGAUAAGCAGCUGGGAGGACGAAUUCACAGUAAAAGCAUUUUUAAAAGAGAGGCGGGAAAUAAUGUUCAGUACAUUUGGAGCUAUUAUUCAGUAGCAGAGUUGAAGAAAAUGAUGGAUGCCUUUGAUGCCUGGGAAGGAAAAGGUAUUAGCUACUGGCGCGUGCCUCAUGAGUUGAUAGAAUGUUGGACUCUGGAGGAGCGACCGUUACUUGGAAGCCUGCGUCACAUGGCCCCAAUUCGGAAGAGGCGCCUGGUAGCCUUCAACGAAGAGGGAGAAGGUGUGAACUGUAAGAUUGGUCCUAAACCAGUCAGAUUUUUGGGCCCUUCCACCAGCACCCAAAUCAAAGUCAAGAACUCAGCUUCGGUCAAGGUGUCUCCAGUCAUUGCAAGCCCAUCUCCAAGUGCCAAGGCAGCUCAGAGUUCUGCCCUGUUGAAAGUGGGCACUGGGUCGCCUGGGUCUGGUGCUGCUGAAAAUGGAGCCUCACACACACCUCCAGCCAAGGUCAUGCUCACAGACAAGGCCACCCCACACCGAGUCAUUAAACUAAAGCGGACUCCACUGUGUGCUGCUGGGCCUUCCCUACCUUCCUGCACUGCCAGAAGGUCAUCUGCCCCAGAGCCGGCCCCUGAAGACCCCAGCGCUUUGGGCCUACAGACUGAGAAUGGGCAGGGCCAGACUGAUUGACAGAAAUGGAUUUUCAGUUGGGUUUUUGCCUCCCACUGCUUCCAGUCUCUGAUGCGAUAAGUGGCAGUGUUUAUUGUUAGUGGUGAAAACAAGUUUCUAUGUAGGAUGAUUAGGUGGAAAACUAAUUGUGUAAAGUAGGAGGGAGUUUUAAAAGUGGUUGGGUCACUAUUUAUUUCUCAUUUCCCCCUCUUCCAAAUGAUAAUCUAUGGACAGUGAAUUUAGGUUUUUAAAAAAUUAUUUUUAAAAUGGUUAAUUGGCAUUAUGACAACAAAACAUUCCUGCAAAAUCAUCACUUAGAGAAGUGUUCUUUGUUGCUGAAAUAAUUUACAGACCCAAGGUACUUUAACUUUUACUGCAACCUAGGACUAGGGGGGAGUUUGGGCUUAGAUAUUAUUGUCUGGUAAUGUUACUUCUUCCUGGUGCUAUCUCAUAUCUGCUGGAAAUUUGAGAGAAAAUGUAGAUCAAGGUGAAAUGCCUACAGGAUACACUCGGGCUGCGAAGGCAUUAUGAAAAGAAAUGGGCAGGAGAAAAAGGAAGGCAAUACUUUAUUACACUUUGAUGCUCACUUAAUUGAACUUUUCUUAGAUUGGCUUUUCUUAAUCUUUUCCAUUAGUCAGUUUAUUUGUACAUCAUAAGGUUUCUUAGAGUAAGCACUAUAUGACAUGUUUUUGGACUGAAUUGUUCAAGUAUUUUAUUUUAAUGUCAUUAGUGAAAUUUGGGAAGUACUUUAAAAAAAAUUAAAAGUUAACUUUUUAACUAAAGUUAGUAUUUGAUUUUUAGAAGUGACCAUUGAAGAGUCAUUCUAAUUAUUAUAUUAUUUUGUGCAUAAAAUUCCAUGUAACUAGAAAUUAAUAUUUUUAAACAGAAUAUUUUGAUUAAUCCUCUAUUUUUUCACAAUUGUUUAGUUGUGUGUUUACGCUUACAUGUUAUGUUUUAUAAUUCAAUCACAUAUUUCUAUCUUCCAUGAGCAGUAGGCCUUCACUGUUUAAAAAUAAGUUCAUAAAGCAGGGUAUUUUUUACUCAGUGCUUCUUGUUGUACUUGCAUUGUUCAAGUAUAUACUCAAAAUAUUACUUUUUACAAAAUAAAGUAAGAAUUUUC